AUGGCCAACUCAACUCCUCUUCUCUCCCGACUCAACUCGUCCGAGCCAGAAGCUCACCCAGUGCUGCAAAAAGUUACGCCUACCCUCGACGAUGCGAUUGAACAGUGCAUCGGCAGCUUCGGCCUGUCCCAGCUGAUCCAAGCCGUCCUCGUGUCCUUGGCAUGGAUCUUCGACGCCCAACAGACAUUCAUCAACAUCUUCACCGAUGCACAUCCAUCAUGGCAUUGCACAUCUGCAAACGACACUACAUGCUGGUCGGCUUCCACUCCAUGCGAGCUACCGAAGCAUGCAUGGGCGUGGGACCAGCCCACGAGUGCGUCGAUCAUCUCUCAGUGGGACCUGAUGUGCUCGAGCCCACUCAUCUCUGGGCUCCCAUCAUCGUCCUUCUUUGCGGGCUGCCUUGCCGGUGGUUUCCUCCUUGCCACACUCGCCGACUCAUCGCUCGGCCGAAAGAAAAUGCUCCUUCUCGCAUGCAUAAUCAUUUCAGUUACUGGCGCACUGACAGUGGCCUCACCCAACUUGUGGGUCUACUCGGCCUUGCGGUUCAUCAGCGGCUGUGGGCGUGCAACUAUUGGAACAUCCGCACUCGUGCUGUCGACUGAGAUAGUUGGGAAGCGGUGGCGGGGUGAGGUCGGUAUCCUCGGCUUCUUCUGUUUCACGCUCGGAUUCUUAUCUUUGCCCGCCAUGGCCUACCUAGCCAGGGGUUCCUCAUGGUGGACCCUCUACCUGUGGACGUCAGCCCCCGCGAUCGUUUAUUGCAUAGCCGUCCAUUUUCUCGUGCAUGAGUCCCCACGUUGGCUCUUCGUGCGCGGACACAAGGAUGAAGCUAUCCAGACGCUUCGAAGCAUCUCGUUAUCGAAUGGCAAGAUAUUGCUUUCCAGCUUCUCGGAAGUGGUUGUCGAAGAGGAGUCGUGGAAUGCCGAAAUAUACUCGGCAAUGAAGAUUUUGUGGGAGAAGAAGUGGGCAUUUCGGCGGUUAUCGAUGGUUAUGGUGGUUGGUUUCGGAGUAGGCAUGGUCUACUACGGGAUGCCGCUUGCCCUUGGAAAUUUGGAUUUCAACCUCUAUCUGAGUGUCACGUUCAACGCACUAUCCGAACUUCCUAUGGCCUUACUGACCUUCUUCCUGAUAGGGAGGCUGAACCGUCGGAGUGGGGUUCUGGUGUUCACUAUCAUAAGCGGGUUGUGCAGUGUCCUUUGUAUGGUGAUGGAUGGUAGCGAUCAGAAGGAGGUGCAGAUGGGGCUGGAGCUGGUGUCCUUCUUCAGCGCCUGCACCGGAUUCAGCAUACUUUUGAUAUACACCCUUGAAUUGUUCCCAACAUGUGUACGGAACACGGCAUUGUCGAUGGUGCGGCAAGCGCUUGUGCUCGGUGGCGUGAUCAGCCCCAUGCUUGUGGCGGCAGGUAGGAAGCAUGGGUCCUUGUCAUUUGGGGUGUUUGGGGUGGUGAUUGGAGGGUGUGGAUUGUUUGUGAUGGGGUUGCCAGAGACAAGAGGUGGGCCAUCUUGUGAUACAAUGGAAGAAGAAGAGAAAAAGGGUAUUGUGGCUUUCAGUGGAGAUCAUGCAUGA